AUCUGGGUCAAGGCAUAUGCGACGUCAACAUGACUACCUACACUGACAAAGGACCGAAGCCUGAUGCAGGCCAGUUCAAGAGCUUUGAUCAUGUAACAUUUUGGGUUGGAAAUGCCAAACAGGCAGCCACUUUUUACUGUGUUCGCAUGGGCUUUGAGCCAUUUGCCUACAAGGGGUUGGAGACGGGAAGCAGACAGGUGGUGUCCCAUGUAGUCAAGCAGAACAAGAUAGUAUUUGUCUUGCAAUCUCCACUGAACCCCUAUAGUCCUGAAGAUAUGUGUGAACACUUGGUUAAACAUGGAGAUGGUGUGAAGGAUAUUGCCUUUGAGGUGGAAGAUUUGGAUGCCAUUAUGAAGAAAGCAGUGGAACGUGGUGCUACAGUUGUCAGGGAUAUUUGGGAGGAGAAAGAUGAAGACGGGACUGUAAGAUAUGCCAUGAUUCAAACUUAUGGUGAUACCACCCAUACAUUUGUGGACAAGAGCAAGUAUAAAGGGAAGUUCCUCCCAGGGUAUAAGGACCACCCAGCAAAGGACCCUCUGUCAGCUAUCUUACCACCAGCUGGGCUGAACUUCAUUGAUCAUAUUGUUGGCAACCAACCUGACAAUGAAAUGACAAGUAUUACAGAAUGGUAUGAAAAGACCCUGAUGUUUCACAGAUUCUGGUCUGUAGAUGACAAGCAGCUUUUUACAGAGUAUUCUGCUCUGCGCUCUAUUGUGGUGAGCAACUAUGAGGAGACCAUUAAGAUGCCUAUUAAUGAGCCAGCCCCAGGAAAAAGGAAGAGUCAGAUUCAGGAGUAUGUGGACUACUAUGGGAGUGCCGGGGUCCAGCACAUUGCUCUAAAUACCAGUGACAUCAUCUCAGCUGUCACAAAUUUGCGAGCAAGGGGCCAGGUUUUCCUUGACAUCCCUAAGACGUAUUACACCAACUUGAGAAAUAAACUUAAAAAGUCAAAGGUCAAAGUCAAAGAAGAUCUAGACACUCUGGAAAAGCUCAAGAUUUUAGUUGACUAUGAUGAUGAUGGGUACCUGCUGCAGAUAUUCACCAAGAAUGUUCAGGAUAGACCCACGGUUUUCUUGGAGGUUAUUCAAAGAAAUAAUCAUCAGGGUUUUGGAGCUGGCAACUUCAAGUCACUGUUUGAGGCCAUUGAAGCUGAUCAGGCUGAGAGAGGAAAUCUUUGAAGAUCAAUUUAUAAUCAGAUUCAAGGGACCAAUGGAUUCAAGUGGACCAACAUUAUUGUUAGAGAUUUUGAUCAUAAUGUAGACUUUAUUUUAGAUUGCCAAUAAUGCACAUUCCUAUUCGAAAACAUUCUUUCUAAUAUCAUAGGGAUAUAUACCCCCGAGUGGGCCUUAGGUAAUGUUAUGUUUUAAGGCCAUUAUGUAUGUAUUGAGCAAUUAUGUGCCUUUGGCAUAUUUAAAGGGAGUUACAAAGGUUGCAUCAUUAACUGAGUCACUCAUUUUGGUGUUCAAAACACAUAUUAUGAUAUUAAUUUUGUGUAAAAUUGGGCCAAAAAGGGUUAGGUCAGAGGCUAGUAAGUGUAAUUUAUGAGGCAGCUUAUUUUUAACCUGAAAUUGUCAAACUUUUUACUUUCAAAGUGCUUUUCAUUUUAAAAUGUUCAUUUUAUGAGACGAAAACAUGACACUCAGACCAUAUGAACCUUGAAGUUGAAUCUCAUAUUUUUCUUGUUUUUAAAUUUGAAUUGUAUUUUAUCUCACCUUGUUAUUGCACAAGGCAUUGCAUUUUAUUGAGUGCAUAUCAUUAUUUCUGUCAAGUUGCACAAUUAUGCUUUAGAAGAAUUAGAUCUGGUGAAUGUGGCAUUAUAAACUGCUUUGCAGGGUUAUAGUUGUUAUGUUUAAAUGAUUUUUGGAUUUUGAACUUUUUGGUAGAAUUUUAUUAAAGUAUGAUAUUGCACACAUCUGAGCUAGCACAAAAGAAACAUAUUGUUAGUUUACUAUAACAUUUAUCAUAGAACGGUUGUGCGACUGUCUUCCAAGUCUCUAAACUCCAACUGUUUUCAAAUUGCAGACUGACAAUUCACAAUGGCAGCUUUUUGAAAUUGAUAAUAAAACGGUGUUGUUUGAAUGUUGAA